AUGAACCAAUCUUCAAAUCAAAAUGUUGGUGUUCAGCCGCAAAAUAAUAAUGGGCUACGAAUACUUCAGAAUAUCGGUAGUCCACAAAAUGCUGCUGGCCUACUUCGAAGGGCCCAAAAUAUAGUCAGGCAACCUUUAAGGCCUCAGAACGCUGCAAAUGUAUUCGUCAGUAAUUUAACUGCAGUUCAACAAUACAUUGACCUAGUUGAAGGCAUAGAUUUAUAUGCUAGAUCACAAAAAACGCAAUAUGUAGAAAAUGGAUCAUUGCAGAUUUUCAAUCCAACCUCUGGAAAUUCCUUCCCAUAA